UUCCACUCUUGAUUCCAUAUAAAAAUAAAAAUAAUAAAAAAUUCUUAUUGCUUGUAAACAAUAUUUACAAUAGUUAAUUAACGUGCUGAAUUUUGGAGGUGAAUUUCUUAAGCAUUUCUUAUUUUACAAUUCGAGUGUUGGAAUUAUAUGUUUCUGAUUCAUUCGAUUUGUUUUGCUUUUGUAUGUGAACGGAAGAAAAGAAAUCAAAGUAUUGUAUCCAAGAAAAUAUAAAUAAAAGUCUAUUUUUAGAAGUAUGAAAUUAUCUUCUCUUACAUGGAUAUUGAAAUUUUACUUAACACUAUUAUGAUAGAUGCAAAAGGAUCUAAAAGUAAUAUAGCUGCUAGAUUCCAAAAUGCCAUUACCCACAACGUUCUUCCUCCCAUUGGGGUGUUUUGGGACAUUGAAAACUGCCAGGUUCCAAAAGGAAAGUCCGCUAUUGUACUUGCCCAGAACAUUAGGGAGAAAUUUUUCACCAAGCAUCGUGAGGCAGAGUUUAUGUGUGUCUGUGAUAUUAAUAAAGAGAGUAAAUAUGUUAUCCAAGAAUUGCUUUAUGCACAGGUGACAGUGGUUCACAUUAGUGCAACUAGUAAGAAUGCUGCAGACGAUAAGCUGAAGCAGUGUAUGAAGCGAUAUGUCGAUACUCAUGGCUCACCUUCUACUUUGCUACUCAUAUCAGAUGAUGUCAACUUUGCAUCUGAUCUGUCUGAUUUCCGUCAUCGUCAUAACAUAAGAAUAAUAUUAAUCCAUCGAGGCCAUGCUCAUCAAUCAUUGUUAACGUGUGCUCAUGAACAAUAUGAUUUCUCCAGUAUAACUCAAGAUUUACCUACCAGAAGUCCCAGCAAAUCUGUCUCUAGUCGUCCUACUGAAAUAGAAGUAACAGACCUUCCUCUUAAUCGAAAAGAAGUACAAAUAAGAAAUAAAUUAAGAAAAUUAUCCACCAACUGUGGUGGAAAAGUUCUUUUCAUAACAGGAAGUAAAGCAGUCAUAAGAUUUGCCAAUGCAGAUGCAGCUGAAAAGGCCAAGAAACGUAUGGACAAGGAAGUUGUCUUUGGGAACAAAAUUUCAGUUAACUUUGUUCAGAAAAGUGAUGUAGAUUUCAGUGCAAGAAAGUACUCAACGGAAGAGUCAGCUGAAACUUCAUCUACCUGCAGCAGCCGUGAUUCAUCCCCAUCCGAAGAUCAAAAUUCACAGGACUAUGUAUUAAACAAUGGGCACAUUUCAUCAUCACAAAGAAAAUUUGAGUUCCCCCCACCGCCCGUCAUGUGCGAGCAAAAUUAUCCAUCGUUUUUAAAAGAAACCAUCUUUUCAUCCCAUCCAAAAAACAGUAUGGCCAAUUCCAAACUCAUGGCAUCAGCUGACAGUGCAUCUACGAAAAACUGGAGAACUCAUGUCGAUUGGAACGGUCAUUCAGCUUACAGAUAUAAAGACAUAUCUGCCUUUUCGCCUGUCCGAAAAGAAUUAGAUUCCACGUUGACCUCUAAGUAUCCCCAGAGGAAUGUGGGUAAAGUGUCUCCUUUUUUCAUGCAGGAUUCUAAAGAAACAAAACACAACACGCCUGCAGUUUUUAAUGAAUCUUCCGCGAGAAGACAUUUUCAGUUGGAUGCCAUGAACUCUUCGUUUUCAUCAUUUUCUGCCAGUAGUGGUUUUUCUAAUUUACCUCAAACCUCACUGAGUGACCCAUUAAAGUAUUCUUCUCACUGGAGCGGUGGCUAUUCGUUUGACUCGAGGAGUUGUGAUGUCCCUGUUGAACUAAUUGUGUCCAAUCUAGAUCAAAUGUUUGAAAUCAAUGAAAUGAAAAACAUUUUAUUCAAUGUAUUCAGUGAUCAUGUUAUGGUGCUUCAUAUAUCCAUGUCACUUCAACCAGAUGGUAGUGCAAAAGCUAUCGUAAAAGUACCUUCAUUGCAAGAUGCUCAAUAUGCGAUAUCCCGAUUGCAUAGGAAAAAAAUUGGACAUAAGAGAAUACUAAUAUCGCAUACAUUUUCGGAAAAAAGUCCUCCGUUUUGUGUUCUGAAAUCAGAAACAAUUUCUCUGUUGAAUGAUAUUCCUUCUAAAAGUUUGCCAUUAAUAAAAUUUCGAGAACUAUACGAGAAAAGAUAUCAUAGACCCAUUGCUGUCUCGGAACUGUAUAAAAUGAGAGAUGUAGUCGUUAUUCAAGGUGACUCUGGUAGCCGCGUUGUGUACUUGAAUAUAGAUUGUUGCAAAACUCCUUCUUUACCAGACUCAGAAGAUUCUCAGGACUUGAACAAUAUUGAAAGACCGUAUUGUGAACGCCAUUUCCACGUGUCUGUUUCCGAAGGAUGGGCUGAACAUUACAGUAUUUGUCCACUGCCCAAUGUGCACAUUUCUCUCAAAGUUUUCUCAACUGCUGUCCAUAGGUUAUUGGAUACUCAUCAAGGUUCUCUUCCACUAAUCAGCUUUUGUGAUUGUUAUGAAGCUGAAAUCGGCCCUUUACCUGUAGUUGAUGAAAGAACGUACGAAGAUGAAAGAUUAAAAGGAGUUCCUUUAGAGCAUUUAAUAGCCUGUGUAAAUGGAGUUGAAGUAGCCCUGUCCGCAUUGUGCAUCAAGAAAGUUCAAUGGCUUGAAAAUAAGCUUAUGGAAGUUAAAAGCCUCCAGAGUGUGAGCCCAGCAUUGGCAGGGCAGCUAACGUUGUUUGGACGUGAGGUUAUAGAUCUUUUAAAAAAUCAGCCGCAGUGCCUGGUGUCUUUUAACAAAUUCAUCCCCACCUAUCAUCAUCAUUUUGGUCGCCAAUGCCGUGUUGCUGACUACGGUUUCACCAAACUCAUUGAUCUCCUGGAAGCCAUUCCUCACAUUGUUCAGGUACUGGGAGAAGGUCAAGAACGCCAAGUGACGCUCACUCAUCGCACUCAAGUGAAGAGGUUUUCCGCCGAACUACUUCGAAUUCUGAAGUCCCGCGCCAGUAAACAAAUUGCACUCGUUGAAUUUCCUCAAUCCUAUGAGCAAGUGAUUGAGAAAAAGUUUGAAGUGACAAACUAUGGAGUGUGUGAAAUCGAGGAUCUUCUAGAAGAAGUGUCCGAAAAUGUUAUUGUGAUUUGCUCAUCUGGUGAUGAAACUUUGAUUGGAAUUCCGAAACGAGAACAAACACCUGAAGAGAUAGAACGCACAAAGCAGUUUGCUGUUGAAGUAAUUGAAUUACUAAAGCAUACACCUUGUUGUACAAUGGCAUUUAAUAAAUUUAUUCCUGCAUACCAUCACCAUUUUGGAAAACAGUGCCGUGUAGCUGACUAUGGUUUCACAAAACUCAUCGAAUUGUUUGAAGCUAUACCUCAUAUUUUAGAAGUUACCGGAAUGGGGGAGGAUAAAGUCUUGUGCUUGGUGCCUAAGGAGCAGCACAAAAUCCUUACCCAACGCCUGGUUUCAGUCCUGAAGUCGCAACCAAAUGAAGUGAUUGACAUUCACCAGAUAAGUUCUUGUUAUGCGCAAUUGCACGGGCACUCUCUGAGACCCACCGACUUUGGCUUUAAUGACUUACAAGAUUUAGUCGAGCACAUGGAUGCACUGAAAAUAGUGAUUGGGUAUGUCAGGACUUACGUGACCUUGGUGGAUGAGAAAGUGAUCCAUCAAAUAUCACUUAAUAUCCGGCGUUUAUUGAUGGAGCAACUGGAAAGUAAAAUGACCAUCAAUGAAUUUUGUGAGAAGUAUGAAAUGCGAUAUGGUCACAAGAUAACCCCUUCCUUACAUUUCAAAGAUAUGGAAGAAUUCAUUGAGGUUAAGGAUGGCUAUGUUUUAUUGACUCCUCUACAAAAUCUUGCAAAGAAGAUAAUACUUCUCUUACAAAAGGAAGGAGGUUGCGUGGAAUAUGCUCUCUUUCGCAGUAUUUAUCAGAAGUAUUAUUACACGAAUAUCAACACAAAGAAUUAUGGUUUCACCAAUCUGAAUUCACUGUUUGAGCACUUUUCAGAUUAUUUUUCUGUUAGUGGGAAAAAACUAAAAAAGGCUGUAUCCUUGAAUGUUGAAAGAUUAGGUAUCUUGAGUCAUCCUUUGCCAGAUUUUUUAGCAUCUUCCCAGGAAACAGAGCUUAUCAAAGGUGAAAAUUCAACACAUUUUGGAACUCAAUUUGUGGAAGACUCAAAUGAUUCAUCUGAAGAGAGUCAUUUGAUCAUCAAGCGAUCUCCCUCGUGCUCAAAUGAAACAUCAUCCAUGUUAAAUCUGCAUCAAUUGAACCUCAAGUCUGGAAAUCUUCAAAGAACAGAUUUGUUCAGAUGUUCAGGAGAUAUCAGAAGUUCUAAGAGCACUCCGACGCAGGGGAGUAGGAAAAAUAGAAUUGCUGCCAACUUUUCUAUGCCAGCAUAACUUUUUAUGUCCUUUUUAAAAACCUCAAAAUUGUUUGCUAUGUUCCUGAAGACUUAUUUUUUAUUUGAAAUGCCACUGUCUUUCAUUUAAUUAUUUUUUUACAGUUCCGCCCACCCCAUUGGUUUUUUUUAGCCAGUAUUAUUAUUUAUUAUUUGAAUAACUGUUAUUUAUUGUUAUGCUGCAAGAAAAGAUAGUUUUCUUCUGUUUUUGUAUAUGAAAAAAUAUGAUGUUUUGAAUUAUGAAUGUUGUGUUUUUUUAAUGAAUUAUCAAAUCCUAUUUAACACAAGGUGGAAAGUUUUUUUUUUCCUUCAUGAUAAUCAUCCUUAACAUUGAAUGCAUUCUUUAAUUUAUGCAUGAAACAUUUAUUCGACUGUAUAUGUUAAAUGUAAAUUUAAUUAUUACAGUCGUGCACCUACCCUAGGGUAAAAAGAGUUUUAUUUAAAGAUCAUAUUUUGCCUUUUUACUCAAUGUUUACACUAUCGGAGUGUAAGGAAAAAAAAUAGCAAUAUAUUUUUUUUUCGUUAUUUUUUUUUCAGUAUGCAAGGUCUAUCUGUUGUAUUUUUAAGAAUGUUCAUUCAGUUUAUGUUCAGCGCCAUAUUAUGUGUAGAAAUGUAUGAUAUUAUUUUCAUGCUCAUUCUAAAUUUGUUUUAAAAAGGUAGCAAAUGUUUUAAUUUAAAGUGAUACUUGAAUUGAAUUGUUGUGGUUGUAAAGUAAAUAUAAUAUAAAUAUUUUAUUUUUUUAUAUUGAAAAUAAAAUUCUACAUUCUGGA